GGAGCUCGGAGCGGAAAGGUGCCCCCACGAGGCAGCUGCCAAGGUUGUGUCCACAGCGCGGCCUCCUAGGCACUUCAAAGGCAAGCUGCAUAAAGAACUAGCGGCUGGCUGAGAAGCUCCACGCUGGCAAUGAAGGUUGCCUGAAGACUUAACGUUUUCAGUGAGUUUACCAUGGCUGAGUCAUUAAAGGAAGUGUCCAGCAGCAUGGAAGCUUUGGAAGGCUCAGAGGAGGGAAAGAAGAAAUCCAAGUUUAAAGCCUUGAGGAACUUUUUUGGCAAGAAGAAGAAGAAAGAGCCAGAAGGUGUCCCAGAAGGGAAAGAGCAAAAGCCGAGGUUUUCCAGCGGCAGUCUGAAGUCAGCGGCAGAAGUCGCAGCCGCGGAGCCCAAGCCUAAGAGCACCAUGGGCGCCAAGGCCAUAUCCCACGAUAGUGUCUUCUGUUUGGAGCCGGAAGCAUCAGCAAGCAAAGCGCGCUCUUCUCCAGACUCCCAGAGAGGCAGAUCACAGAAGAGAUCUCUUAUCUCCAGAUCUCUGACGAAAGUCGCAGGAACUGAUGCCCUUGGAGCUUCGAGUGCAUCUGUGAGCCACUAUGAACCCAGAAGUGAACUCUGGGGCCCAGGUUUCAAGAUUUCUGAGAUCCCACCUCUGCGCUUACGGAAACUUAGUGUCAGCCCGAGUACUGUCCGAUCCCCGAAAGUCUCUAGGGACUUCAGCAUAGCCUUUUCUGGUGACAAGACACCCAAGAGCUGCAAAAAGAAGAUUUCAUCACACCAUUCACCACCACCAAGAAAGAGCAUCUCGGAAAUGUCCUCAGAUCUAGCACAAUCCUCUCAAAGCAGCACGCAGCAGCUCUUGGGGUUCAGUGCCCCAGCCACUUCACAAGGCUGUUUGGAUUCUUCAGCUGCUAAAUACAAGAUAACUUUAAGCCCCCGGAAACUGAAGAGGAAGAAGACGAUUUCCUUGUCUGCCAAAGAAAAGCAGGAAGAGCAGUAUCCUUUGCUGGGAACUAAAGAAAAGGCUAUAACCAAGCCGAAACAAGCAGACGAAAAGGAGCAGAAGGUGGACAACACAGGGCCCACAAGCCAGGAGCAGAGCUACAAAACCGAAAUUCAGGAUAAGACAAGAGAUCAGACUCUAAGUACCGAUGGUGCCUCAAGCACAGGAUACUCGACUUCAGGAUCCCAACCAAGAAGACGUAGAAGAAGGGCCAAAAGUGAGUGGGGGAUCAUCGAAAGAAGCCUUGCACAAUACACUCAAGACGGUGACGAGAGCAGUAGAGGUGAUUCCUCACCUAACGAAGAGUUGAUCAGCAGGGACCAAGCUUUCUUGAAGCUCUUCCUGGAGAAGCAAGGCAAAGAGCAUACUACAACUGCAGAAGUGCAAGUUACUACUCCUCAGGAGAUGUCUGUAGAUGAAAAGAAUGUGAAGGGGGAAAUGGCUGCCAUGAAAGUUGAAGUCCAAAGAACAGCAGCACGACAACCUACACCUACAAAUGUGGCAGAGUCCAUGGUUGGUGGUCUGCCACUCAGCCGUGAAGAAGACUCUUCUGAAGGCAUGAAAAAAAGGGAUAGAGCUGUUUUGUUUUCACGGCUAAACAAAUCUUCCACAAGCCAAGAAGAGGCCACUGCCUCGAGGACAAUAGAGGUCCAGGCAUGUGUACAUCAUUCUCAAGUCCGUGGAGAAAAGGAAGAAGUAUCCAGCCUUGGUUUGCAAAAGUUUCAACCCAAAAUGGAGAGCACAGCUUACCACAGAGAGAGGCAUGCCAGAGGUUCUCUUCAGGCUUUUUCAGCAAGUGUUUCAAGCGCUAAGGCAGAAGAUACUGUUCCUAAGCAGAGAUUGCCUCUUCCUUUCAGAAGGUGGCCAACUGAAAGGGAAAUCUCCUCUGAUACGAAGAGUUCUUCAGAGUAUGAGAGUAGCUCUGAAGUGCAACCAGGUCCCACACAUUCUUUUCAGCUUGCAUGGAACCCUCAAGAUGAUGAUGAUGUCUUCCUCAAAUCAGAAAAUGUAGGUGCAGAACUGAGCAAGGUGGAGCGGCAGCCCCCUCUAGGCUAUUGCUCCCAGUCAUUUGGAAACCCCAAAGCUAGAGAAGUCUCCUUAGACCUAGACAGUUCAGAAGAUCAGAGAAGCUGUGAGGAGAUGACAUCUGCCCACUCUUCCCAGUCCUUGGGGGAGUUUGAAGAAUGCUCAGAAUCAAGAAGUUUUAGCAUAGAUUCAAUCUCUCAAGAGCAGUUAACUCCCAGGAGACAUUCCCAGGCCUUACAGGGGUCUGAAGAAAAGGAAGUCUCCACAGAGUCAAGUAGUUACGUUGAGAAGUACCACAGUUCUGAGGAUCUUAGCAGCACGGAGGAAGAGCAGCCUCCCGAAUGUUCUCAACAGACCCGGGGUCAGUUCAGAGACCAGCAAGAAGUGCCUCCAGUUUCAAAGAGUGCUCCAAAAGAGUUGAGUGUUUCUGCUAAGCCACUGCGCCUCAUGCACACAUCUCUACCCAUUGUGAGCCCUAUUAUUCAGCAGCAAACCCCCAUUUCAAUGAACAUUUCUGUAGGACAGAACAGAUCAGUGGCACCACUGCCUCUCAGCCACACUGUCAAGCCGUGGGUGAGCCCUCAGUCUGAGCAUCAAAUGUUUGCAGGUCCAGAGGGCAUUGCUGCUGACUGGGACAAAUAUAUGCAGUCACCGUCCCCUAGAAAGGCUUUGAUGCACCCAAUGGGGUACAAUGUUGAGCAAAAUGUACCCUCGAGUACAGACAUUUCGACCAUGGGAGAGGUGGCUUCUAUGGAGGCCCUGGUUCUCAGACACCAUUCUCAGCCCCCAGUCAGACAAGUACUUGAGAAAGAUGUUUCUGCAGGCCCAGAGUUUGCUGUUUUUAAAGAUCGUAUUGCUUCACAGCCUCUCAGAUACUCUUCCCAGCCCUUGGUGAGAUCAAACAUCAAGAAGGAAAUACCACUGGGUGCAGAAAGUGCUGCAUUUGAGGGAAGCCGUUUUAUGGAGCCCCCGCCUCCUCAGCAUCAUUCUCAGCCCCUGUUGAAACCCUUCAUCAAGCACCAGGCUUCUGCUUUUGAAAGAGGUGUUUCUAUGGAUCCAAGGCUUCGGGCACACCCUUUCCAGCCAUGGACAAAGUUUCAAGGGAAGCGAUCAUUUUCAACUCCAGAGAGCACAGCUUUUGAAGGGAACCCUUCUACGGAGCAUGGGUGUCCUACCCUUUCCCAGCCUGUGCAGCAGCCUUAUCAAAAUGUGCCUUUAGAAUCUGAAGCUGUUGGUGCAAAGAUAAUUUCAAUGGGCCCACUGCACACCAAAUAUUCUGCUCAGUCUUUAUCAAAUCCUCAAAGUCAUCCAGCCUCAGAAAGUACCUCUGUAGAAGGUGCCACUUUGGUGGAACUACUGCCUCCUCAGCCUUCAGUAAAGCCCAAAUUCCAGCCACAGAUGACCCGAGAUCCAGUGAGCGCUUCCACUCAAUGGGGCAGCCCUAUGGAGCCAGUAUCUGUUCAACGUAUCUUCCAAACACAGGCUAGCCCUAAAUUUAAGCAAGUGCCUACAGGUCUAGAUAGCCCUGAAGCCCAAGGGAGCAUCUCUGUGCAGCCAGGUUCCCCCAGAUGCCCUUCCCAGUCAUGGUUGACUCCUACCUUUGAGCAAAUAUCUGUACCCCCUGGCAAUGUUCCUUCUGCAUGGUCCACUCAUAGUUAUCCAACAGCUCCCAGAAUGCCUUCUCAGCCCUUGAUGGGAUCAGUAGUCCAACAACCAGUUUCCUCAGGAUCUAUGAACCCAUCUGUACAACAGAUCGUCACUGUAGAGCCAAUGUCUUCUAGACACCCUUUGCAGCCAUGGCCAACUUCUCCAUUUGAACAAGUCACUGUGCCUUCAGACAGUGCUCCAGUGGCAGCCUGGAGCAUUCCUGUUGAACCACCAGCUACCAGAAUGCUUUCUCAGCCCUUGAUGGGGUCAGUGGUCAAACAACCAGUCUCCACUGAGUUAGUGAGCAUUUCUGCACCACAGAGCAGCUCCAUGGAGCUAAUUCCUUCUAGAUUCCCUUUCCAGCCAAGAGUAGAUCCAGAGAGUUAUACAGCAGAGGAGGGAGUUUCUGUAAUGAUGAGGCCUAGAAGGCGUCAUUCUCAGCCCCCAAUAAGCACAGGAUUUAAGGAAGAAAUUUCCCCAGAUUCAGUCAGAACUUCUGGAGAAUGGGGCAUUCCUAUCAAGCCAAUGCCUUCCAAAUUUGCUACUCAGCCAUGGCUGGGCCCUGCAUUUGAGCAACAAACCUCAAAUCUAGAAGGUUUUGCCAAAGAGGAGGAGGUUUCCAAGGAGGCAUGGCUUUCCAGAAACCCUUCCCAAGUCAUCAUCAAACAUCAAGUCCCGAAAACACCCAUAAGUUUUGAGAGUACCUCAGCUGAGGGAGGCGUUCCUUGGAAGUCACUGCCUCUCAAAGGUCCCACCCCAUUCUUAAUGAGACCUCAAAUUCAGGAAAUGUCCUCCAGCCUAGAGAGUGUUACUGCUCAAGACAGCUCUAAGAAACCACAGGAUAGCAGCUCUUCUCCCCAGUCAUUUGUGAAGUUUAUGGCAGAGCAAAUCUUUUCAGGGAGCACUGCUAGUGAGGCGGACAUUUAUACGAAGCCUAUGCUGCAGAGCCGAAGCCGUCCUUCCAGAUCCUUAUUGAAGCCUAAACUCGAGGAGCAAACGUUCUUAUACAAGUGGGAUGAUGAACCCAAGGAAGACACCGCUUUGAAGGCUCUGCCCAUGAAGCCGCCUUCACAGUCCCUCAGAAGGCCUGAAGAGUCACAGGAAAUCGUGUCAUAUUCUGAGGGUGCCCCUGCCAAGUGGAGCAGUUCUGCGGCGGAUGCCUCUCAGCCCCUCGGAAAGCUUGAGUAUGGCCAGAAAGUCUCAGUUUCUGUCAGUAUUCCCAAAGAGUGGGUGAGGUCUGAAGACCAGCUGCCUUCCACACAGCCUUCUCAGGCCUUCAAUGUAGCUGGGCUGCAGCCACCGAUUUUAUCAACAGGCUCCGCAAAUGUUCCUGUGGACUGGAGCUAUCCCGAGGGGCAGUGGGCUCCCGGUCAGCCUACUCAGGCUUUCUUGAUCACUGACUAUCAGCAACAAGUUUAUUUAAGCUCUGCUAAUGCUGCUGCCGAAGGGACCAUUUCUCAAAAUACUGGCAGCUGGUCUUGCCCAGAUUCUCCAAAGAAAACCACGAAAUACACACAAGGCUAUGGGGACCUCAUUCAAAGCACCCCAACUUCUGUUACCAAACCUGGAAAGCUCACUACUGGUCCUGCCCAGAAAGCAUUUGUUUGCACAGGCACUUACUCCAAGGAGGAAGUUCCUCAGGGUCCUGAUGGAAACGAGAGCCCUCCGAUGGUAUCCACCAGCAAGGCUGAUGUCGAAAAUGUUUUUGGAGUGCGACUUCGAAGAAUUUCACAGAAGAGUGGGACUGAGAAUCUUGAUCCUUGCACACCGGUUGUCCCAGCAAGCAAAGAAUGGAUGGACAAAGGAGCUCCCCAGGGCUUCAGUGGAAGCCUAGGGAAUUUCAGCCCAAUACUUAGCUUUGCAGAAAAACAAGGGAGCAGGCCCAGAUAUGAAGGCCCUUUCAAGAAGCCAGCAGUUUACAGGCCUCCAGGAAAGACCUCUAAUUGGAAGGCAGAUUACAGUACAGAACCAGCUUGGAUCAAUGUGGCAAAACAGAGGCAAAAGGGCUUUGUGUCACACUUUCUCAAAAAAACAAAGACCAAAGUUGAAAAUAGGGGUGAGACCAAGGAACCAAGACAUGAGUCAAAUUAUGAGCCAGACUUGGAAAUUCCAGUAAAGGAACAUGAACCCAUAGCUGAUAGCCCGUCAAGAAUGACUUUUUCUUCCACUGUUCCCAGACAGGAGAUGUCAAAGCUGUAUAAGUCUACAAAAACAGUUGCAUUUGGUGAUCAGAACUUGCCUCAUCCAUAUAUCAGUGAAAGAGAAACCAGACGCUCUUCAAGUCUGCCACCCAAAUUUUCACCACCUGAGGAGCCUGUGUGGUUCGCAAUGGCCAAGAAGAAAUCUCAAGCAUGGAGCCAAAUGUCAGAGAUCAUGAAAUAAAUAGCUCCUGGACAGAGCAGCAGCAUUUUCAGUAAUAAUUGCUAGUAGCUGUGGUAAUUUCAUAUAACAUUUUUACUAGGGCUAGUUUUUAUUAAGAAAAAUAACAUUAGAAAUAGAAAUUAACAUUUUAAUUGAGUGAAAUAAAUGCUACUAAUGUCUAACCCUCAGUAAGUCACUACCAAUAUCCCCAAAUCCAGCAUGUUCUCCGGAAAAGUUAUGCUAUAGAAUUGCAAAACAUUGUGCCUUAGAAGAAAGAAAACAACCACAUUUUGCUCCAGCAACUAAAAGAUUGCCAUUUCUUUCAACCGAAUAAUUUCAGUGGAAAGAUUCAGGUAAUUUAGCCCAGGGAAUGGAUGUACUUUCAACCAAGAAGAUAGCAAGCCCACUAGUUAGACUGUGUCUGGGUCCUCUGGAGAGUGUCCUGCCUCUCCGGCUCCAGGCUUAAGGGAAAGAACUCUGUGUAACUCAGCAUCUUAGUUACUUUUCCUAUUGCUGUAAUAAAUUCUCUGAUAAGAUCUAGCUAAAGGAGAAAGGGCUUAUUUUGGCUUAGAGUUCGAGUGUGCAGCCCAUUGUAGCAGGGAAUUCUCAGCAGCAGGAACUUGAGGAAGUUGGUCACAUUGCUUUUCCAGUCAAGAUAUGGAAAGUAGUGAAUUACUAUGUUCAAUUCACUUUCUGGAAUGUAUAUAUAUUCCAGGAUCCAAAGCCUAUGGAAUGGUGUCACCUAUGGCAGGUGGGUUUUCCCCACCUAAAUAACUUUUUCAUGUUCAGUUUCUCCACAUUUAUUCUAUCUCUCAAGUUUAGCAAACAUUAUGAGAGAUCUACGUUUAGAUGCCUUAACAGUAAACCUAGCUCCAAAGGACAUCCUAAUUCCAAAGGACAUCUACUUUUGUCACAUUGUGCUUGCUUUGCUUAAACAGACAUGCAGCUUUGACCAUCUAUGUUGGAUGCCUCCCCAUUCAAAACCAAGUUUAGAGAGGCAAUGAGAUUCUAUAGCUAACUUAAAUAAUUGAUGCUGGGUUUUAAUGAUGAUGGUAAAAUGACAUGCUCUACAACAUCAUGCUGGAUUUUUCAUUUAAUCUAUAAGACAUCUCCUUAUUUUGAUCCUCUAGUUUUGCCCUUUUGAUAAUGUUAAGUUUUUGAUUGACUGGAUUUCAUUCCAUUUAUAUUCCUUUAGUGAAUAGUUUAUUUAAACCAAUGCCUUUAACAUAGGUAGUCCUGGUAUAUUAGCUCUAACACUUCCCUUCCCCAUUUUUGCCUAUGCCUUCAUUACAUCAUUACAUCCCCCUUAAUGAUAUCUCCCCAAGUACUAACAGACCUCAAUUUUUAAUCAUGAGCUUAAGUUUUUUCAGUGCCUAGAAAUGUAUUCUGAUAAGUUUACUUGUUUCUUUUAGCUUUCUUUCUUUCUUUUUAUUAAUGCAAAGCAAAUAAAUUCAAUAAAGCUUGUUCUGUAGUCCAUUUCUGUCUGGGGAAGAAGGAAGGAAGGGCAAUAGAAUAUUGACAACAGAGACUGAAGAUUUUCAAUGGACUGAACUAUUUUAAGAGGUUGCCUUGUGUAGAAGUAGUCUCCACACUGAUGUGUCUGACCAAGCCGAUGGUCUCCAAGUGGGCAUGGUGGGGCGGCAGAAAGGACACGCCCAUGGUGUCCAGGCAGCUUGAGGACUGCAUCUAAAUCGUACACAAAGAUAAGCUUACAAACCAGUCAUUUUCAAAAUCAUGGAGCCACUGAGCACAUACAAAACUGUGUGGUGCACAAUAAAGGAGGAAACGGAGUUAUAACAUCAACUAUUUAUUUAGUCUGGCUAGCGAGACCAUUAGCUUAGUUUCAGAAUGGGAGCUCAGUUGGAGAAAUCCACAUUUGGGACAACCAAUAAAACAUGUUU